AUAACACGUUUGCUACCACACCCAAAAAAUAGCAAACAAAAGUACAAGUUUACUAAUUUUUGAUAUCAAUUUAUUGUUGCAGAUUACAGGGGAAGAUAAGCGUAGAUAAGAGCCUACUCCAAAAUGUAAAGAUUAGGCAAUCUUACAAUUACUAAAAUUGUGAAUCAGUUUGGUGACGAAAAUGUGAUGUGACUUUUUCCCUAAUUUUAAAAAAUGGAAAUCAGUUGGAAGAACUUAAUUCAUUUCAAAUGGUUCAAACGUUUGUAUUUCUUGUACAUUUUCGGAUUUGUUGUAAGUUUGCGACCGACCAUCCCAUUCCAUUACGAAUUUCUCCUCGCUAAUGAAAACUUUUCGGAAAAUGACGUGAAAGAGGACAUUUUGCCGGUUUGGUUUUACAGCACUGCGGUGCAACUCCUCCCUGUGUAUCUCCUCAUGGAGUAUUUUAAGUUCAAUCCAUUCAUCAUCAUCUCCUCUCUUACUGGUUUAUUGGCAACGUGUUUGUUUAUUUGGACCGAAACCUGGGCGGAAGUGCAAGUGGCACAGGCUUUUUACGGAAGUAUGUCUGCUGCGGAAGUAGCUUAUUUCGUUUCCAUAUACUGUCAUGGGGAUGAGAAAAAUUUUCAACGUCUUACGUCGUAUGUGAGAGCAGCUCCUUUGCUUGGAAGGAUUAUUGCAAGCCUUUUGGCGCAACUUCUUGUCUCGCAAAACUGGUUUUCUUACAAGGAAUUGCAUUAUUUUAAUUUAGCAGCGUUCAUUUUCUCCAUUAUUGUGACAAUUUUGCUCCCCCCAAUUUACGAAAAACUGGAGAAACCCCAACCAGCAUCCAACUUGAGUUCAAUUCUCACAAAUCUGAAAUCCGCCUACCCCAACAAAUACGUUGUGAAGUGGUCAUUGUGGAGCAUUUUGACGGUUUGUGGCUACACCCAAAUUUCAGUUUAUGUGCAACCCUUGUGGAAAAUUCUCCAAAAGAAAAGCGACAUUUCCCCUUUCAACGGUUUUUUAGAGGGAAUUUACGCAAUUUUCGCCCUCUUGGGUACAAUCUGUGGAGGACAUGCUCGAUUUGACUGGAAAUACACCGGCGAUUUAAUCCUCUCCAUGACUUCUUUAGUGGAGGCGUUUAUGCUACUUUUCAUGUCACAAAUUGAGGAAAUUGUGUUGAAUUGCAUAUUUUAUGUCAUUCUGGGGUUUUUGUAUCACUUUAUCAUGACAAUUGUGUGCGGAGAAAUUGCGAAAUUCGUACAAAAAGGCUGUUUCGGGUUAGUUUUCGGUUUCAUCGCACUGAUGGCAAGUAUUCUAAGUUCUGUGAUCGUAUGCCUUUUAAAUGAUAAGAUAGGACUGAGAUUAGACACCCAAUAUUUAUUUAUGGUUUAUGGUUAUUAUCAUUUAAGCGUUUCAGUCUUGUUUAUCAUCAUUGGGCUCAGUUAUUGGUUCGCCAAGCACACAUACCAGUAAUUUUUUGUACUAUUUAAUUAGAAAUAAGACUCAAAAAUACUAGUCGAAAAUUUUAUUUUAUUGAAAAGUCAGUGUAAAAUAUUAAAAAGCACAAAAGUAGUAAUAAAACCGUAAACAUCACAUUUAAAAUCGUAUCAAAUCACGCAAAAGGCGAGAAAAACAUAGUUGACGGAGUCAUCGUGGCGUUAAAAAAGCUGUGAUUCGAGGAAUCGUAAGCCCCCAUUGGACUUGCAAAAUUGCUGAGCGAGAAAUUCGGCGGGAAAAACACCUGCGGCAUCAUCUGGGGCCCCAUUGGGGCAAUUGGGGUAAUAUUAGCACACAGAAAGUUGGGAGUAUUUGGAGUUAAAGUAUUUGAAGAUUUCCUCAAAUGGCCAAAGUUGGGCGCCACCUGGAAAACGGGCGAGUUUGGGGUGUGAGGACUGAUCACAAAAACUGGAAGGUUUGGUGCCUGCUUCGUGGGGGCAAUAUCAAUUUUCUUGUGGCGUGUUUGUGCAAUGUCUGAGGCCGUUUUGCCCAAACAAUUUUUCAGUGAUGUGUCGGCAUUGUAUAACAGCAAGCGUUUCAUGGCCUUGUUAUUGGCCACAGCCACGGCGAACAUCGCAGGAGUGAUUGCUGAAAAUCGAUAAAGCCGCUGAAAAAGUGCAAAAAAUUUGAGUUUUUACCUGUGAGAGGCGUCGCCGCGUUUGGGUCGAAACGACGCUCCAGCAAGUACUUGAGAAUGCGCUCAUGUCCGAAUAAAAUAGCCAAAGAAAGUGGAGAAAGGGUUUUCUCCAAAACUUGUCGGGAGACUCCCCCCCAGAGGAGGUGGUUUAAAAGACGCUCAACCAUGUCAAGGUCACCACUUGCCACACUCAUUAAAAAAACACUCAUGCCUGAAAUUCCACAUUAGGAGUGAUUUUUUUCAAAAUGUUUCUCACCAAAUUUGUUUUGUUUUGUCGUGUCGGCGCCAUGGCUCAAAAGCAAGUCCACCGCCUUCGCAUUCGAAUUUCUCACAGCCAUCAUCAGCGGAGUCCAACCAAGAUAAUUUUCAGGGUCAAGUUUCUGUUUUUUCGCCACAAUUUUCUCGAUUUCUUCUAAAUUACCCAAUGCGGCCGCGUAGUGAAGCUUCGUAUUUUUAUCAUCGUCAACUAUUACCACUUUAUUUUUUCUUAUGUAUUCUUCGUUUGAGGCCAUCUUCAAUACUGAAUCCCCUCAAGCUUCCCACACUUCUUUUCAUAUCGAGGUUUUUUGUCACAAUUUCUUUUACACUCUAACAUCAGUUUUUUCACAAGUUCACAAAAUUUUUAAAUUUGUCACUAGAAAUUUAUUAAUAUAAUUCUCUGAAACAAUGACUUUGUUAUUGUGGAUCGCAUUUAUUUAACAUCAAAAUGUAAAAAAUAAAUUGGCGUUUAAAAUUCGCGCUCAUUUCUGCGAUUGGUUGCAAAUACGGCCAUUGAUCGUAAGGUUUUGUACACGAUGUAGUCAUCGUGGUUUUGUAGACCCUAUAGUACUUUGGGGAUGAGGGAUUGGGUUAGAAUUAGGAGUUUUUGGUGAGGUUUAAGGGGUGCACGGGAGAGGUUGUGGAGUACUCCAGAAGCAUCGUAUAGGUGCCCAAGUUUCUUAAAGGUGUUGAUAGCAGAGACCAUUGGGAUUUUCUUUCCAUGCAGUUGAAAGAUCGGUUUCGUGCGGGGGAUGAGGACGCCAGAGGCAAGUGUAGUGUUAAGAGCACAGCAUUUGGACGGGUUGAAUUUCAUUCCUCUGGCUAUCACGAAUUUUUCUGUCGCAUUCAAAAGAAUGGGGACCUCGGUCUCGUCGUCUGAUAGUAGGACGAGAUCGUCAGCAAAGGCAAGGCAUGACAUCGCGUUUCCAGCGGACAGAUGGGCGCCUUGACUGGAGGAGUUCAAGGAUGCAAGUAGUUCGUCCAUAACAAUGGAGAAUAGAAUUGGACUAAGGGGGUCGCCCUGCUUUACCCCGCGCUGGAGUUGGAGUUCGCGCGUGAAGGAUGACCCAACCUUGAUGGUGGUGGUUCCUCUGAGCGUCUUCAUAAGAUAGUUGGUCAUUCUCAUCUCGACAUUGACACGACACAGUGCUCUUCUAAUAGAAUGGUGGGACACUGAGUCGAAGGCUUUCGCAAUGUCCAGAGAGACUAAGUUGAACCGUCUGUUGCUCUCGGUUCGUGAGCGGAUUUAAUGUUCAAUGGUUAAGGCAUUCGCUAGGGUACCGUCGCACUUGACAAAGCCCUUUUGGCCGGAGCGUAGUUGGAUAGAGAGAGGAUCCGAUGAAAGAGCAUCUGCGGGGCGCUACUGAUGGUAAUUGGACGUCAGUUGGAGGGGUUGAAUCUAGCGCCGUCUUUAUGGAUGAUAACAGUCCUGGACUUAGUCAGAGAGUCAUAGUUACUCCCGCCGUUUACCCGCGCUUGCUUGAAUUUCUUCACGUUGACAUACUCAACCUACGUGAGCGCCCAUUGGCCCAUUUUAAAACCCCAGCAAACGUCAUUUCGAUAGGUUAAAAUUUUUCAAUUUUCAAACUUUAAAAUCCCGAAAAAUCACUAAUAGAAUAUUGCAGCACGACGCAACUUUGUAAACCUACAAUCGGCAAUUAGUAAAAUUUUUAGAAGACCUGAAAAUUCAACGGAACGAGAUGCAGGGGUAGCCGACAUGCUAUGGUUUCUUAGAUUGGUGAAUUCAGUCUAUCUAUUUAAUGUAGCGUCCAAACACCAGAGGCGUUCGCAUCAAAAUUUUAAAAUUUUAGCGGUUGUCUGUGACACCUCUGAUAGAAAAAAUUAAAUUUUGACGGUGACAUCGUUCAAAGUGCUUAUGUGUAGUUACGAUUUUUAGAUUUUUAUUCAGUUAUUGUGUACAGAUGUGUGGCUGUGUGUACAAGUAAAGGAAGUUUUACUAACAAUUUGUGAAUUUUGUUGAUGAAAAUGUGGACAUUGAUGGGAAAAAUAUGAAGAUUUGUUCCGGCCGACACCCUUUGUGACAAGAACUCAACAACUCAGACUGUUUAUGCUUCCUUCUCGAACAUAAUUGUUCUAAUAUAAUCCAUAUAAGUAUGAAACCACCUAUGUUAACUAAUUUGAUUCAAUAUCUUUAAUAAAUCACUUUAAGAAAAUAAACUUAUAUUUUCUUUGUUUAAUCUCUAAUAAGAUACCAGUAGCACUUAUCUCCCUGUACUAAAUACUCAAUUAACAUUAUUUUUACCAUUUAAAAAAGGCACAUUUUGCUGUAUAGUUCAGCGUCCAAACUACAGAGGCGCUGCUGAAUACGAGUUCAAAAGGUUGUACAUCAGUACGUCAUCUAUAGACCCUAUAUAAGUAUUCAUCUAUGG